UGGCGCCGCAGCGGGCUGAGCUCUGUGCUACAGCGGCGAGUCUGGCUGCGUGUGGAAGCGCCACACUGUAAAUUACUGCAGGAACACAGCGCUUCUCCCAUUAUGGGCGACAAGAAAAGCCCAUCCAGGUAUUUGGUCGAACCGUGUUUCAGAUGCAUUGUGCAGUGCCUGCGCGAGGACUCGGGUUGAGAUGGAGCCGUUUUUGCUGAGCGUGUUAAAGAGAGAGAAAAAGCGCAGCAAUGGCGGAGCCUUAUUCCCGGCUCUCCAGAUUUAGACAAAGGAAUUCAGGAGACGCCUCGUCUCCUCGGCCAAAAAGACACGCCAAGCCCUGUGCAGACGACGGAUUUUGGGACUGUAGUGUCUGCACGUUCCGCAACAGCGCCGAGGCGUUCAAAUGCAGCAUGUGUGAUGUGCGCAAAGGCACGUCCACAAGAAAACCUCGCCUGAACUCGCAGCUUGUGGCGCAACAAGUAGCGCAGCAGUACGCCACCCCUCCCCCAGCUAAGAAAGACAGGAGGGAGCGCACAGAGCGAGACGAUCACUACGACAUAGACAAUUCAGACUCGGACAGGCCAAGCGUAGACAACUCUGACUCGGACAGACUGGGCCCAGACAGCAGUCACUUGGAGAGAGGACACACACAUAAGGACAGGAGACAGGAGCGCAUUGGAUUGGACAAACAUCAGCUAGUACAAACGUCAGUGGAAAGGAGGCCUGAGAGAGCAGGUCUAAACCAGGAACUGCACAGAGAACUUAUGGAUAAAGUUCAUUCACACAGGCCACACAUGGAAAAAGACCAUCACACAGGAGCAUCCGGGACACAAGUGGCCGAGAAGGAGGACAUGAAGAAAGGCAAAGUAGAAAAGGCAUUGGUGGAUAAGCACAAAGAGAGGGAAAAGUUGCCUGGUUCCAACAAAAAGCCCACUGCCAAGAAGAUGAAACCCAAGAUCCUUAAUAAAGGUCCUCCUAGUGAAAGAAGCAGCAUGAAAUCUGGCAAAUCAGCCACUAAGAGCAACAAAUCUAUUAUUUCAAGGCCUAAGCUGAAGAACAUAGACCGAAGCUCAGCUCAGCAGCUGGCCAUAACAGUGGGCAACGUUACAGUCAUCAUCACAGACUUUAAGGAGAAGACACGCUCCUCCUCCACCUCUUCAUCCACUGCCACUUCCAGCAGCGGCAGCUCCGAACAGCAACACCUGAGCUCCAGUUCGGAGAGUACGGACAGGGGGUCAUCCCGUGCCUCUACCCCACGCAGAGACCUUACUUCUGGACACAAUGAGCUCCUUUGAGGCUGCUGGAAGUCAGGAAUCCUCAAACACAUUGAUAAUGCACAGAUAGAACCUUUACACUUAAAAGGAUGAAGGAUCAUUAUCAUGCAUGGGCACUGUUUCCAUCUUGAUAUUUUAUGGCAAGAUGUGCCAUGUGUUUCAAUACUGUUUUUAACACAUCCACCUCAACUCCCCACACAACUCACAAGUGUGUAUCACCUGCAUCACAUGCGUGACCACCUGGAGCACAAGAUGAAGAGGAUGUAGCACAUCUUGGCUAAAGCUUCGCUAUAUGGCCAAAUGUUUGUGGACACGUGACCAUCACACCCAUAUGUGGUUCUUCCCCAAACUGUUGCCACAAAGUUGGAAGCACACAAUUCCGUAGGAUGUUUUUGUAUGCUGUAAAAUUACAGCUUCCCUUCACUGGUACUAAGAGGCCCAAACCUGUUCCAGCAUGACAAUGCCCCUGUGUACAAAGUGAGGUCCAUGAAGACACGGGUUGCCAAGGUUGGAAUUUAAGAUCUCGAGUGGCCUGCACAGAGCCCUGACCUAAACCCCACUGAACACCUUUGGGGUGAAUUGGAACACCGACUGCACCCCAGGCAUCCUCGCCGACAUCAGUGCCAGACCUCACUAAUGCUCUUGUGGCUGAAUGGGCAAAUCCCCACAGCCACACUCCAAAAUGUAGUGGAAAGCCUUCCCAGAAGAGGUUAUUGUGACUGCAAAGGGGGGGGACUACAUCUGGAAUAGGAUGUUCAGCAAGCACAUAUGCUUGUGAUGGUCAGGUGUCCACAUAUUUUUGGCCAUAUAGUGUAUUUCCUUGAUUUGUAACAGUGUAUUUCCAUUGAACUUUGUACAGACAUAUAGUCAUACAUGCUAGCAAAUUAGCCAAUGGUGUGCUAACUUUUAAUUAUUAUUAUUAUAUGCAUAUUUUUGCUGUGUAGAAAAGGAAAUUGUAUUAAAUCUCCUAAAGUCUACAGUAAAGUUGAUGGAUUCCUUGGGCCUUCAAGGAGUCAGAGUCUUUUUUAACAUUCCCCUGAGCCAGUAAUGUACUGGAACAGCCCUUGAGAUGGUGACAGUGAUUUUAGUUUUAAACAGUAUUGAAAUGCAUGGAUGGUUUUCACACUAUUUCCCAGAGAGAACAGUAGAGUCAAAUGUUGUGGAGUCAGCAUUUUUAAGUGGUAGAAAUUGAAACCCUCUGUAUGUUUUGAGCCUUAGAUCUCCAGUUUACAUAAUUGUUCUCUGUUAUGAAAAUGGCCUGUAUGAUUCUCCAACACUGACUUAUCCCCAUAACACAUUCUGACACUGUAUAGGUCAGAUGAAGGUGUCACAGUUGUGGGAAAACCAUGUAGAACCUCCCAGAGAAAAAAAAAUGUGUACUUUUGAUUUAUUAAAUUAAUGAUUGUAUUUAUAAACUGUGAUAAGAACAAAUAAUCUAGUAGAUGGCCGAACUGGAACCGCAAACAUGAACAUACUAAAAGACUGUUGUUCUAGGUGCUAACAUACAUUAAUAAAGGUGAUGGAUGGAUUGGAAAACACCUAUGAAUAUUUUGAAACAUGAUUAUCAGCAUUUGAAAAAUAUGUUCAAUGAAAUCUGUUCAGUAAAGGCCAUUUUUAUAUUGAUAGAUGUUAUGUAUUGUCAGUCUAUCAUUGAUCAAAACCCAUAUGAUCUGUUUGAGAACCAUUCUUGUAAAUGCUACUGCUAAAUGAUGUUACCAAGCUUUUUACUUGCCACAAGGACAUAUUCUUUUAUUAAGUCUCUGUGAGCCAAGUAAGCAGCAAAACUUCAUCCAAUUCAUUGCUGCCUCAAAGCAUUAUGAAACUGUUGAUGUGAUCUUUAUAGAUGAAAUGUCUUUAAUUAGUGUAUUUAUUUUGUGCAAGCAAUUCUGUUCUUGUGUAUGAUCGGUAACCCUAAUUUACUAUGUAAAGAUGGUUACAUAUAAGGAAUACUUGUCAUAAUAUAGAUUAACACUAUCUGUGGUGUAUUGAGUAUCUGGCACAGUUACUUAGUUAUUUUGGCAUCUUACUGCAGUUGUUGUGUGUUAAAACAGCAGUUAUUGCAUACACAGUUUCUCUCAAUGCUGCUUGUUUUUUUUGUUUUUUUUCCAUCUGCUCAGUCUGAAGUAAAUUCUGCUUGGCAAAUUCUGCUUGUAGCAUAGCUUUCAUUUCAAAUAAAAGCAUUUGUUUA